ACAUUUCAAAUGUCUUGGUGAUAAGAGACCAGACGGUCUGAUGCUGCGCGUCGGGAAAGGGUAGUGCCCUGCUGCGUCGCGCGACCAGACGGAAUGCAAAUUCUGACUGUUGCCCUUCCUUUGAACAAACCCAUCUGCUGCGCCGGAUAAGUUCAUACUCCGCCAUUAUAAGAACUCCAGCCCCCAAAUUGGCUUAUCUGUAUCCUCUUUUCUCUCUUAAAACCAGCCUCAGGCUGAAAUCGCGUCCUCUCUUUCCUCAUUGUCAAAAGCCCUUCGUUCAGCCCACUUACCUUAUACUACCAUGAAGUUUUUCGUCGUGUCCGCUUCUCUUCUCUCUAUCCUUCCCGGACUAUAUGCUUUGACGAUCAACACACCCUCCGGUGUUGCUGAGUGCGAGCCCUCGGCGUUGUCCUGGAGUGAUGGUACCGCGCCAUACUAUCUAUCUAUUUAUCCAGGCGGCGUAACCACCGGCUCGACCCUCGAAAGCUUCGGCGCGACUAAUGACACUUCUUACACAUGGACCUGUGACAUAACUGCUGGUACCUCAGUCACCUUCUCCAUCAAGGACAGCACAGGAUCGAUAGCGUACACCGAUGCGGUGACAAUCCAGGAUGGCUCCAGUUCCAGCUGUGCAUCUGUCACUGGCAGCACUGAAACUUCGACCUCUGGAUCGUCCGAUUCUACUACCACGGCUACUGGGACCGCUGCUACCACCUCCGCUACCACCACCAGGACAGGGACCACUUCUGCAGCUGCCUCUGGCUCAAGCACCUCUUCGAGCAGUUCCACGACCACAAGCGCCUCUAGUGGUGCCAUUCGCAAUAGCGUCACAUAUGGCGUUGCCGGGUUCUGCGGUCUGCUUGCAGCCCUGCUCUUCUAAUCUUUUAACUCUUGCCUACUCACGAUACUUGGAUGUGGAUACCGAGCCUUCUUUUGAUUGUUGUAACGGACUUAUUUCUGUCUUCAAGCCCUUAUGACCGUUUCUUACAUCUCCUUUGAUAUGAGAACGAAUCAUUUAUUAUUCUACAUACGUUUACUCAAGUUUGAUAACCUCUUUUUCGCUCUGUAGUCCCAUCCAGUCAAUGCCAUCAUAGUUUUAUGAAUGCUUACCUCAGAUCAGCUCGUGUGCCUCA